GACGUCUGGAAAGCGCCUUCACAAACGGGGAGAGAGGUGCAUAUUCACGUAGGUCCAGAUUCAGUCGAGGAUUUCAAGGCACAUCUCGCUGAACUUUCUCUGUAUAAGGACACGAUAGCAAUCGACACAAGAGAGAUGAUUGAUAAUCAAGAUAGAUGUUGUCAUGGAAACAGCGAUUUCGACAACUGUUAUCACACAUUGGAUGAGGUAAAAUGGUAAUAUGGAAAUAUUAAGUAACUUGUAUCUCAAAGAAUUGUAGUCUUAUUCAACAGCGAAAAAGCAAAAGAAACGAGGACGAGAAGGUAAUUGGGGAAAUUGGCAUGAAAUGGCAACUCUAUACCCUAUAUAGGGAGAGUGGGGCCAAUACUUGUAAAAGUAAUACUUUGAUUCUUCAUCCGUCCACAGAUAAUUUUAAUUUUUGCUCAGCGAGUACGGUAACAAAUCCUGUCAUCUGAUUGGCCGUUGUUGCGGUCCGCAUUUUCCUAUCUCUGCCCGCGGGCACGGUAACGCUCUCGUGAGUUGCCGAGUACGUCCCUACCUUCGUUGCCAUUUUUCCUAAAUAUAUCCCGUUUCGCUGACUGGGUAUAUUUUCAAGCAACGUAUUUCUAAGCAAAUCAAACCGAUCACUAACUUUUUAAUUCUCUCUUUUCUCUCUGUCCCAAAUCACUUUCAUUACUGGCAAAAAAAUGUCUUCGAAAUAAAGUUGUUGUGCAAACCGUUUGUAAUUAACUUUAAUCCUUCCCAAAAAGUUACUAAAAAAAGUGGAAUUGUGAGGUAUUUGUUACGAUUGAAUUAAUCGAUGCAAUUUUCAUUCAUUUAAUAUCUGAAUUCUCUCAAUCAAAUUUUUUCGCUGUCAAGCGGUGAGCCAAGGUUUCAGUCCUACUACAAAUAUGCUCUCGGUAAGUCUUUGCAAGUCUGUUCAACUUGGUAAUUUGCACCGUAAAUUGCAUAACAAAAACCGAAAGAAAUCAACGAAAAAACCGCACUAAAUUCUCUUGGGUCUAGUUAAAGUGUCUCAUUUGACUUGAGUUUUUUGCUGGAAGAAAACAAGAUUGACACACGCCAUUAAAGCAAGCUUACGAGCAAACUCCUACAACUUCAAAACAUGCGUUUUAAUUUACCUACAAUUACUUUUUUUGUCAUUCCCUGACUGAGCACAUUUAUUCUUCUUACCUCAAUCAUCGAUGAAAAUUAAUAAUACUUUUCGUAGGAUCACCAAACGUUUUUGAAGAGAAAAUCGUCGCGACAGUCAUUGAAUUUGGUUCGUUUGCCGAACAAGUACAUUUUUUUUUCAAAAGUGUACAUCCAUUUUUUUUCUUGCGCGCACUCUAAUUAACAGGUGUCAGAUUGCGACAGGUCGGUCCGUAUUGGGAAAAACUGUGCCCGAGGUCUUGACCGGCACAGUUUUUCCCGACGUGGACCUCCUGGCUGGCGAAUAACAUAUAUUUAUUCAGCAGUUCAUUCAAUCCAUCCAUUCACCCCUCUAAAUUGUCAAAUAACGGUCCUCAGCAUGAAAAUUAAACGAUAUCUGAUUUUCCUUCUCUUUGUAAAAUAAUCAGAUCCACAAGGAAAUGUAUCGCCUCCGGUCAGAUCAUCCAUCAUUGGCAUCAGUAGUAGAACUUGGAAAGUCGUACGAGGGACGGAACAUGUUGGGAAUAACGGUAGAAGUUAUCUUUUCUGAUGAAUAGAUACCAACUUUUAUUCAUUACUAUAGUUCUAGUUUUUCGUAAUUGUAUACCAUAAUUUAUCCUAUCGUCUCAGUUGUUGAUUACCCAGUUUCUCGAUGGAGCGACUAAGCACAAAUAUUUAAUUUGUCCUUAAUGCGCAGAAAUUGGCUAUUGGAACUUUGAAAUUUGCUAGAGGUGAUUUCUAGUGCCGCAAGGAGUUGAUAGUUUCGUGGAGACUUUUUUACUGUUUAAAUUCCUUAACAUUUCAUGGCCUUCGUCUGUGUAUAUUUCUACAUUCUUAAAAAGGUUAGAGUUUUAUUUAAGCGUACAAGUAUUCAGCUAGAAGGGAAUAACUUAGGACACUACCCAAAAAUCAAAUAUAUAUAUAUAUAUAUUAACCAUUUUUACAUGUAUAAUAGUUAAAAAAUUAAAAUUUACAAGAUAGCUUCUAUUUUGAUGUUUUCCUAUGUUUCCAGAGUAAUUGUUCGUGCUAAAUCAUAAUUUUACUGCUGCCUUGAUGCUGAUAACAAUGAAUAGAAACUUAAUUAGCAGCAUCUUCUACAAUGGUGUGAGGUCCCUUCUCUUUACUGUAAGUUCUUUGAUGGAUCUACAGUGUUUCACGUUUACGUUUGAUUCCUAGAGAUUUCUAUAGAGAAAUACCUUAGUAACACUUUGUCUGGGGACACCUAUUUUAAUCUCGUAACAUUGUUAUACCUUUUCUCAAAAAUUUAGCCCAUUAUUUGCUUGAUUUUUUCUUAUUUCUCUUUAUAUUUGUAAUUAUUCUUAGAUUAAGCAAAGUAGAAGAAAAGUUAAGGGUUUGAUAUUCAUUGCUUGUGGAAUUCAUGCCAGGGAGUGGAUAAGUCCUGCCACUUGCAUGUAUCUUAUACACCAAGUAAGUUCCGCUUUGCAAAGGAGAAAUGAGUCAGUCAUUUUGCCAUUUGAGUAACCCUCUUAGAAUUUUUUUUUUCACCUCUUUUGCCUCCUACAUAUAAACUACUGAUUCUUUGAAUUCAAUUCUCAUUUUUUUGUUUCAAACUUCUAAAGCCUCCCUACAACCAGAUCUUUUCCUUUCUCUCUUUUCAUAAGCCCAGAGCCCAUCAUGUAACUUGCAAUAAUUGCAUACAAAUUAUCGCCCACCAGCCUACGCAACUGUGCUUAUACUUUCCCAUGAAGAACGAGCACAUUAUCUCCUUCGGCUGUCGGAGCUAAAUUCCCCAGCAUAAUUAUGAAAAAACCGGCAUAAAGUUUUCUUUCUCUCCACCGACUUUUAUUUGAUGAUGUAAAUGUCAAUUUUUCUUAUGUUAUUAGAAUUUUCGUUUUAGAUUCUGAAUUUCUCAGAUCGGGAUGAAGAAAUUGCGAACAUGACCAAAACAUUUGAAUGGUUUUUCCUGCCAGUUUUUAAUGUUGACGGUUACGAGUUCACUCACAAGGUAAGCAGGCUUAAUAUAAAUCUUAAGCACGUGAUAAGAUAAAAUGCGUAAACAGAUGAGUGAAUGGCUAACAAUUGAACAGGUAUAUAGAUAGUCAAAUGUAAGCUUGGAAAGGGAAAGUUAAGAAAAGUUUGAAAUUGAAUUCACAGGAUUUUUUUUCUCUUAUUUUUUUUCCAAAAAAUUCUAGGAGGACCGUCUAUGGCGAAAAAAUCGCCGUGUGUUUGAUUCUUCCUUACCUGCAGAUUGUAUUGGUGUGGACCUGAACAGGAACUUUAAUAACAGUAAGUGGGGUGAGUAACAACUGUGCUGUUUAUCACCAACAACUGUUUUCAACAUCUGUACCAUUUAUAUAUGGACAUACCAAUCGUACAUCCCGAAAUAAACAUAUUUUAAAAAAUAACAUUUCCAAAUUGAAAGCACGAGAAAUAAAACGAGAAAUUGUAACUGAAUUUACACGGGUGAAAACAUACAAAGCUUUUCUUUGUAGGACUCAGCAUGCGUAAUUCAGCGUAAACCUGUUUUAUUAUUUUUAUUUUUUCAUUCUUGGUUCACAAAUUAUAUCCAAAACAUAAAAUCGAACAACCCUUAUUUAAAAAGGGUGAAAAACAGACCUCUAAUCUUAGUAUAACUCAUCAUGACGGCCUAACGGACAAAAUGUCGUUUGUGUUUCAGAUAAACACCUUCAAGUAGUAACUUACUACGUUUUCACUCACAUAACAGUGACAUUAUUCAUACCCUUUGAAAAUAUUGUGAUUUUUUCCUUUUAUCAACUCAGGUUCUGACCUAAAUUCACAUGACACAUGCAGCGAACAAUUUUCCGGAGAAAGUCCCUUCUCUGAAAUAGAGUCCUUCAACGUCGCCAAAUAUCUCACUGAUCGAAGAUCCGACUUGAUAGCAUUCUUCGAUUUUCAUAGUUAUGGGCAGCUGUGGAUGUCACCAUGGGGAUGGAGAGAAGAUAGACCAUCAGAUUAUGACGAAAUGGUUAGUAAGAAAGAUGGCUACUUAUGUCUAAUAUCUGUACAUAUAUUUUCAUGAAAUAGUUAUAGCAGCUCCCUUGGGUUUCCCAUGUUUGGUGACAGUCUUCGAGAUGAUGACGAAGCUUUAGUGUUAAUUCCUGACAGUGACGAAGGUAAAGGGUGGAAAUUGUCGAUAUAAUCAUCAUGACGACGAAACCAUGCAAUCAUUGGCGAUGACGACGAACAAUGAUGAUGACGAAGAUAAAAUCAUUGACAUCUAUGAUAAUAAGAUAAGGAUAGGGAACUGCAUGCAGAGCAUGAACGUUUUUCACCCGCAAGAGGCAGACGGAAAUUAAGUGAUCGUUGCAUGCUUUUUCUUCUGAGAUGUUAUGUUUGAAAUGCAGAAAAAGAUCAGGCACAUUGGGAACGGUUUCGAUUGAAAUACCGGACCGAAUUCGCCAAUUUUUUAAAAUAUUGUUGAUAGCUCUUGCUUCCGUUUUCCGGCUGAGUGCAGUUAGGGACCUUAAGAAGUUAGGACGGCAACGCUGACGUUGAAUGAAAAAUGAAUUGAUGUUCUUAGUUAGAUUUAGCGAAUGGCUGGAUGUGUUUACCGACGGGGUUUUCUUUCUCAGACCUCUUAAACUUUGGUGAUUUCACGUCGUUGAUUUUCAGAGGUACUAAAGGUCUCUUUUGACGAUGACGAUGACGACCAUGAUCAUCUCGACAAAGAAAACUUUAAUGCAUUGUAAUGAAAAUGAUUGAGACAUUUAUAAUACGGUGAAGACUGUAGGAUGAUGAGGUCGCAAACUCGAGGAUGGCAAUUAUGGCGCCACGCUCGUGAUUCUAGUAAUUCGCAGUAGUGGUGCGUGGCAGCGCUCAUGGCAGUCAUGCUGAUACUUUCAAACGAACGAACGCUCCUUUAUCACUGGUUCUCCCCUUUCAUAUCGGACCAGUUAUUAAAAUUGUAAUAACCAAAAAAAUGCUGUGUAAUAUACACAUUAUUUAGCUUACCUUAAUUAAGAUAAGUAUCAAAGACCUAGCGUUUAAGCACACAGAUUUUAUUUACCCUCACAGUGAUGCUUGAGCUCCUCGCUUGGCGCCAUUUUGGACUAUUAUCUUCUUCUGUUUGCCUCAAUUCUUUCGUUCUCCGGUUCUGGAAAUCCAAAAUUAUGACGAGUAGAAAAUUCAAUCUAAAAAUAUCGAAUAUCUUUGUCUGAUUACACCAUAGACAAUACGUUGUUUUCGUUUUAAUCAACUGGCCAGUUUAAAAUAUUUAGACCUCUUUGUGCAAUUUUAUAAUAUUCUGUUCUGAAGGCUAGUUUUUCCUUUGCAAUCCUCCUUUUUUUUUUGACAGAAAACACUGAUGAGAGCUGCUACAGACGCAAUAUACAAGACAUCUGGAAAAAAUUACAUCUACGGUCCUGCGUAUUCAACGAUCUGUAAGUAGUAUGUUUUUUGUUCCUCGUAUUAUGCGAUCAUCAGACAGUCUGAUGAUCGCAUAAGCGUGAAACUCACAGUCACAGAAACGUUAUGUCUUAUUGAUUAGUUCAAUCUUCAGAUAUAACACGCUCUGCGAACGCAUCGAGCACUAUACCGCAAGGAUAGACUAUAAUCAAGAUUGAUAUGUAUAUAUAUAUAUUUUUUUUCUUUUUUUUUCCCCUGACAGAUCCUACUAGUGGAAAUUCAAUCGACUAUACUUAUGAUAAACUUGGCGUGGUUCAUUCAUAUUGUGUGGAGUUGAGACCAGGAGAAGAAGAUAGACAAGGUUUUUUUGCCUCUGCUUGUGAAAUCAUUCAAACUGGGCGAGAAAUUUUGGUGGCGUUUAGGGCCAUAACGCCAAUCUUGGCUAAACAAACAGAAACUGUCGAUAAGGCGAUAUUUAGAAUCAGAAAGAACAAGAGGAAGAAAUGGAAAAGGAGAGAAAAGAACAGAAGAAGAAAGGAGAGGAACGAUGAUUCAAAUACUGGCUGA